UUGGUCGUGGCUGACUACGACUGAGGGGCUUCUGAAAUUAAGGGGACUGAAAGUGUCCAAUACUUACAAUGAAAAACCAGAAAACUCAGGGGUGACCGGAGCACUGCGCUCACAAUGUCCCAGACGAUUUGGAACUAACAGCCUGUAGCCUUCUAUCCUCCUAGUGUUGACUAAAAAUAACGUCUUGAUUUAAAGCCGUUUCGAGGUCAAAUCUGGACAUUUCUGGUUUUGAGAAUAGAUUUGAGCAUUCGCAUCAUGGAGUACACAUCUUCCCCGAAGCCUCAACUCUCGUCCAGGGCGAACGCUUUCUCCAUAGCCGCACUCAUGUCAAGUGGGAAAUCCAAGGACAAGGAGUCGGAGGAAAAUACGAUCAAGCCGCUGGAACAAUUCGUGGAAAAGUCAUCAUGCAAUCAAAACCUCGGCGACCUUCCUGCCCUGGAAACCCACGGCGAUUUCAACAGCAGCGCGCCUCCGUUAUGCACCGAGCCGCUUAUUCCCACGACACCCGGCGUGCCCAGCGAGGAAAUGGCCAAGAUCUCCUGCACCCUGGAGACUAAAGAACUGUGGGAUAAAUUUCACGAUCUCGGCACAGAAAUGAUUAUCACAAAAUCGGGAAGACGAAUGUUUCCGACUAUUCGUGUAUCAUUUUCCGGAAUGGAUCCGGACGCCAAAUAUAUUGUACUAAUGGACAUCGUUCCUGUGGACAAUAAGAGAUAUCGAUACGCCUAUCACAGAUCAUCUUGGCUUGUUGCUGGAAAGGCAGAUCCACCUUUACCUGCAAGGUUGUACGUGCAUCCAGAUUCGCCAUUUACCGGUGAACAGCUAUUAAAACAAAUGGUUUCUUUCGAAAAGGUCAAACUUACAAACAACGAACUGGACCAGCACGGACACAUCAUCCUCAACUCCAUGCACAAGUAUCAACCUAGAGUUCAUAUCAUCAAGAAGAAAGAUCACACGGCCUCUCUACUUAAUCUUAAAUCUGAAGAGUUUCGAACAUUCGUCUUCACUGAAACUGUUUUCACUGCAGUCACUGCCUACCAGAACCAGCUGAUAACCAAACUGAAGAUUGACAGCAACCCUUUCGCCAAAGGCUUCAGGGACUCCUCAAGACUCACAGAUAUUGAGAGGGAAAGUGUUGAGAGCUUGAUCCACAAGCACUCUUAUGCCCGGUCGCCCAUUCGGACUUACGCUGGUGACGAGGAGCCCUUGGGUGAAGAUGGUCACUCGACACACAGUAGAUGUUCUGCAUUCACUGCUUCGGAUAACCUCUCCCUGAGCUCCUGGGUCACCACCGCGUCUGGUUUUACCGGGUUUCAGCACCCUCAAUCACUGUCUGCCAUCGGAACCAGCACUGCUUCCUUGGCCAGUCCUCUUCCUCACCCCAUCCAGGGCUCUCUAUCCCCUUACAGUCGACUGGGAAUGCCUCUCACCCCUUCCGCCCUGGCCAGCUCCAUGCAGGGCAGCGGGCCUACCUUCCCCUCCUUCCACAUGCCACGGUACCACCACUACUUCCAGCAAGGGCCCUACGCCGCCAUUCAAGGACUGCGUCAUUCCUCUGCAGUCAUGACUCCGUUCGUAUGAUUCCUAUCAAUUACUAAGUCAACCUGAUAAGAUUUCCCUUCUGCUGGCAUGUGAAGACACACGGCACACAAACACACGCAAAACACACGCUUACACGAACUUGUCCUCGUCUUCAAAAUUCAUGAGGAAAAAGCCAGUUCGACACGUGUAAAUAACAUUGAUUGACACAGUAUACCCAACGACCCGGACACGCUGCUUCCCGCAGUCGUACCGGAGAAAAAGAGUAAAUGAGAAAAAGGUCAAGUGGACAUGGAGUUUUCGAGGUGUAAACCAGAAUGUCAAGCAUGAGUUUUUUUUAGCAUAGAUAAGACUCGGAGAUGGAAAAAUUUUCAUUUGCAGACAUGUUUAUGCUACCUUUAAUGAUUCAUCUCAUGCUUUGUCCACCCCCUUUCAUUUUUUAAAAAAUGGAUAUAGAGCUAAAUGAGGGACAACCUCAAGGACAAACACUGGACAUCUGCUGUUUUUCUUUACAUCAAUCACCUCUUAUUGAUAUGAUAUCUGUGGAGCACUCAUUUUUCUCCUACAAAUCAUUGACAAUAGAGGGCGCUGUGAUUCGGGAUGUUUCAGAGCAUCAUUAGAAGGAACAUUUAUCCAUGGUACAAUACAAAAAAUUAUGGGCAGGCCAUUGUUGGGUUUAUCUUUAUGGGCAGAUAAGUAAACCCCUCUUUAAAGUGGGUUUCCAGAUAUUUUGACUAUGCUUGUUUAGUUUGAUAGCACAAACAACUUGUUAUUCUGCUAAACUAAACAUUACGAGAUAAUCUACAAAUGAAAUGAUUUCAUUACAAUCACAACUGCGAACCAUCAACAAGCACUAUGAGGUUACUCAUAGUCACUACCAAAAAAUUAGUUGUAUUAAAUUGAAUGUAUAUCUGCCUAAGACUGCUUGUCAACAGCCAGGAGGAAGUCCACACCUGUAAAUAAUUGGUUAACUUUGGAAUAAUAGGCUUUUCCCCCAAGGGAACUGGGAAAUUAGGUGAUUUGUGGCUAUGGUGAUCCUGUUUGUAUGGCCGACAAUUCGUCAGCAUCCUGUAACCAAAUCACAGAGAAACUUUUUUUGCCAUAAUAGACAGAUGAAGGAACUAGAGUGUGUGUGCGUGUGGUUAUUUGUAUAGGUUAAAAUACAAUAUUGGAAUGUUCACACUAAAACUCAUGAGAUUUAUUUUAUUUGAUUAUUUUUAUUACAAUUAAACAACAAUUCAAGCAGUGUCAAUGUGCAAAUAAUUACAGUCAAAUUUUGCUUUUCAGGGUUCAGAUUCAAUUUACAUAUGAAAUGUGAUGUUAUGAGCCACUGAGAUGAAACCAAAAUACAUUUGCUUUCUUCAAUUAACAUAUUUUGAAGACCCUCUCACUUCUUCAAAUAUAAAUCAUGCAUUUCAUGACCCACCAUUUCAAGUCUUUGAUUUGUUAUGAAUGGACUAUACCAACAGUUAUGUAAUUGCAAUGUAUUAGCAAAUGUUUUCUUUCUUCUUUUUCUGUUUGUGUGUAUUUUAAAUGCAACCUUCCUGUAAGGAGACAUCUAACAAUGUUUUGAUGACUUUUUUAAGUGCAAUAUAUUUAUUUCAGCUCUAUGAAAAAGAUAUGGCUAAUGUAAUAUUUGAAGCAAUGAUAGAUGUUAUUUGUAAACCAGAAGAAAUAUAUA